AUGUAUUCUCUGAUACUCCAUGGAAGAAAGUUGAUCGAGUUGCAGAAAUGUCGUCAUUUGAGAUUUGCAGUGGAAAAUCAAAAUGUGUUCUUUGCUUUUUCCAAUUCCUUCUCCUCUGUGACCAAAGAUGGUCGAAAAGGGAAGACUUUCACAGUCUCUUACCUCGUUGAAUCUCUGGGUUUGACUGCAAAACUCGCGGAAUCGAUCUUUCGGAAAGUCAGCUUCGAGGGCAAAGGAAAUCCAGAUUCUGUUCUGAGUCUUCUUAGAAGCCAUGGCUUCAAUGGUUCUCAGAUCUCCGACAUCAUUACGGAUUAUCCACUGUUGCUUGUAGCAGAUGCUGAGAAAUCUCUUGCUCCCAAGCUUAAGUUUCUGCAGUCCAGAGGAGCUUCAAGCUCUGAGCUCACUGAGAUUGUUUCCAAAGUUCCUAAAAUGCUGGGAAUGAAAGAGGACAAAACCAUCAGCGUAUACUAUGAUUUCGUCAGAGAGAUUAUCAAAGCUGAUAAGAGCUCAAAGUUUGAAACUUUAUGUCAUUCUUCUCUGCCACAGGGUAGUGCAAUCGAGAACAAGAUCAGAAACGUAUUGGUUUUGAGAGAGUUAGGUGUUCCUCAGAAGCUCUUGUUCUCUAUGCUCAUCUCCAAUUUCCGUACCGUGUGUGGGAAAGCAAAGUUUGAAGAUACCAUUAACAAGGUUGUUGGGAUGGGUUUUGAUCCAACCUCGUUGAAGUUUGUGCAAGCUCUAAACUUUGUUUACCAAAUGAGCGACAAAACAAUACAAGAGAAGGUCAAUGUGUAUAAAGGUUUAGGCUUUGAUGUGGGAGAGGUAUGGGAGAUGUUCAGGAAGCAUCCGGCAUGCAUUGGUGUCUCAGAGAAGAAUAUAUUGAGCUCUGUGGAGACAUUUCUAGGUCUAGGAUUCAGCGGAGAUGAGUUUGUUAUGAUGGUGAGGCGCUUUCCUCAGUGCAUUGGAUUGUCUAGAGAGUUGGUGACGAAGAAGACUGAGUUUGUGGUGGAGGAGAUGAAUUGGCCGUUAAAGGCUCUGGCUUCGCAGCCACAGGUGCUUGGAUACAGCAUGGAGAAGAGGAUUGUGCCGAGGUGUAACGUUAUCAAAGCUCUCAUGUCGAAGGGAUUGCUCGGGAAAGGAAAUGAACUCCCUUCAAUUGGGACAAUGUUUCCGAUUUCCGAUGAAGCUUUCUUGAACAACUAUGUGAGGAAGCACGGUGACAAGGAGCUUGUGGCUGAGUUGAUGUCUAUCUUCUCCGGAGAUUGUGUUUAG